AUCACUUUAAUAGGCUGAUAAUGUUGCAGAAAGGUGGUGGUAUUUUAAGCUAUGUUCAAAAAGGGAACGAAAAUGGCGAGAUUCUUUUCGCACACAAUUUGGAUUCCCCUACGUGCAUAACAGGCUUCAAGAAUGCAAAAGUGACAGAACCUUACUACCUUUUGAAGAUCUAUGUUGACGUUGUAGAAAACUUUAAGUAAUCGGCCUGUUUUGCGUGAAUGAUUUAUUUUCACGAUGUAUUCCAUCAUUGCUUCUCUUUUGUAAUCAUACACAUCAAUGUUUCUGAACCCCCAUCCAGAACACAGAUGACUGGUUUAUCGAGUUCUAUAAGAACAGGGGGAUUGAUAAGUGGACAUUGGAGUAGUCAGAUGUAAGAGCUCGUCUUUUAUUUCAUUGAAGGACCUUGGCUUCCAAGUUACCACAAAGAAGGUUUUAGAGGGAUUUGUAAUGCUAUUCUUUAGGAUUUCUGCAGUAUUGUCACGCUUAAAGUUAACACUUAUGUUGAGCGCAUGUUUCAGUACAUAGAUAACUUAUUUUCUAGGUUUUGUACUUUUGUUGACAAAUUCUGAUGAAUAUCUACUUUUGCCCGAUAUUUUCUAAACAGGGCUAGCUUUUCUACGACCUCAAGAUUGCAGACUUUACGGAUUCAUAUAGCGAGAGGUGUAGUCAAAUUAUUCCUCAUAUCGGUUGAGACCUUGGUAUAAAAGAUUGCUUAAUGAUCUUUCCAUCCAGGUCUUCUGUAGAUUGCUCUGUGUAAAAAUCCUUCACGUUUCUUUAUCACCUCAUGGCAUCUAGAAAGUUGAUGUUCUGUCUGUUUUUCACUCUUUAAGUAAGUUUAAUUGCUAGGUGAAGGCUGUUGAACAUUUAAAAAAAAUACAAUUCAGGUUGCACAUCGUAAAUAAUCGUAGCACCAUCUACGUACAUUUUGUAUGGAUAAAAAUCGCUGAUAGUGGGUUUCAAUUGGCAUUUUCUCAGAAUAGCCAUAAGCCAGAUUGCUAGCAAUGAAACUAAAAGAAAACCUUUGAUAGUCUUUUUUCAAUCGUGUGGAUAAGUACAACAUGCUUCUGAAGGUUUUUUCGUUUUCAUCCCGCCUUUAUUCUUGGUAAGUAGUAACUUAGAGAACUUAUUAUGGAUUGUCGUUGUCUAAAUAGUAUAUAUACACAAUUGUACAACUGAGAAGAUUAAAUCCUCAAGGGGUAGACCGCUUGGCUGAAAAAUUUCCGUUUUUAUCUUCCUCACUACUUUUUUCUGUGCAUUCAAAAUGUCGUUGAACUUAAAGAAAGUGAUGCUAAGCCCAAAUAAUAGUUGAACUUUUAAUGCGACGGGACGAAUUAUUACAGUUGUGGUACAUUUUAGAAUUCUCGACUGUGUUGUGUUCUGCGCUCAUUAUAGUGGCUGACCCAUCUCAAGAAGUAAGGCUUUCACAUCAAAAUCGUAUCGUUCAUCAUUUAUUACUUGUUUAUUGUCUAGUAAGUGUUCUUACUUCGUUUUUAAUUCGUUUAAACCCUCUCUAGAGAUAUUACACAAAUUCGUCUUUUAUAAUAACUUAAGUAUCAGUAAACCUAACAAGAUGAAAUUCCUUUGUCAACUAAUAUGGGAUUGUAAGUAGACUUUCUUGUGAAUAACAACCAUUUUGCACAAGCGAUCUACAAUUUUUCAAAAAUAAGGUCUUACUGUGUUGCACUUGAUAUUAUUCUUAUUAAACCUCUCAAGCAGUUAGAGUUCAUCCUCAACUAUUAAUUGUUCAUUUUUACAUGAAAAUAGCUACUCUAAAAAAUGAAAUGUAUAGCUAAUUCAUCUUAUGAUGCUUUUGCAAAUAAUAUUUAUUUCGAAUAGUAAGGUGGAUUAACGUGUUGCGCGAUAAUUUAACCCCCGUGAGUUACGUUAACUUAAACAAGCUUUGUCAUAGCGAACCAAUAUAUAAAGACAAGUAGUACAUCAAUCGUUUCAUCAUUUACAUUUGUGCGUGGUGCAUCCACAUGUCAUGAAACACUCUUCUAAGUGUAGCCAAUCAGUUUCUAGCUAAAAAACCUGUUGUGAAUAUUAAUGAGAUUAGACUAUUUACCAUUUUCACACACAUCAUAAUCAUAUUCAUUCUUACUACUUUUCUCAUGUUUCAACCACCAGAAGACAAUCAUUCUUUCGUUUCUCUAUCAAGCAUACAAUCAAGAGCGUCCACUCUAACCAAUAAUUCACGUAGAAGAAACAAGUUUCCUCAUCGUAUUAUUGAUAAUUUUCAAAAAUGGGCUUUUAAAUCGUCCAGUCAAAAAACGUCUCACACUUCAAGUAUUUCUUCAUUAAACUCAAGUCAUUUACCAAAUGAUAACGAAUUAAGUGACAGCUGUGACUUAACUUCUUUCACCAUAUCUGAACGCGAAGAAAGCAUUGUAUCCGAAGUAAUUCGUAACCGUAAGCAACUAGAAUCCUUGGUUUGUGGUCAUUCUGAUUUUGUUCGCAAUCACGACUCAUUAUCUAUCGAUCCAGGUAUAGUUGUAGUUCUCUCUAACCAUCUUAGGCGUUGUUCAUUGUUAUAUAUCGGCUUUGGAAAUGGCUGAACUGGAAUUAAGAAGCCAAGUUCCUUUAGAUUCAAAUGGAAUGUUGAAAAUAGAACAAGUUAAUCAUUCCAAGAAUAAUCUGGGUCGGAUACUGAGUGUUCGUAACCCAUAUCGAAGAAUGAGACUACUUAGCCCCUCCCCAUGUGUUUUGGCCCCAAAUGGAAGAAUUUCAAACUCAAAUAUUGAAGAAGAUGCGCGACUGGGGUUUGCAAAUCUACCUGAACAGAUGCACAGGAAAGCUGUCAAGAAGGGCUUCAAUUUCACUUUGAUGGUUGUCGGUGAAAGUGGUUUGGGCAAAUCAACACUAAUUAACAGCUUGUUUGUCCAAGAUUUAUACAAAGAUAAAGAAAUUAUUGAAGCAAAUAAUCGUGUUCAAAGCACAACUCAAAUUGAAAAACGUCAAAUUGAAUUGGAUGAGCGUGGAGUCAAGUUACGCCUUACUGUUGUCGAUACUCCCGGCUUUGGUGAUGCUGUGAAUUGCAAUGACUGUUGGAAACCAAUAGAAGAUUACAUAGACAGCACAUUUGAACAAUAUUUUAAAGAUGAAUGUGGUCUGAAUCGUAAAAAUAUUCAUGAUCAUCGAGUUCACUGUUGUUUGUAUUUCAUAUCACCAUAUGGUCAUGGUUUACGCCAAAUAGACGUUGAAUUUAUGCGCCGUCUUCAACAUAAAGUCAACAUAGUCCCUGUAAUAGCUAAAGCUGAUGCAUUGACUGCUAAUGAAUUACGUGCAUUUAAAGAACGCAUAAUGGCAGAUUUUGAUCGUUAUAAAAUUGAUAUUUAUCGUUUACCUGAAUGUGACAGUGAUGAAGAGGAUGAAAUCAAACGUUUAGAUAAAGAAAUUAAAGCUGUUCUACCUUUCGCUGUCGUCGGCAGUAAUUGUGUUAUCGAUUUAGAUGGUAGUCGUCGAGCUCGUGGUAGACAAUAUCCUUGGGGGUCAGUUGAAGUAGAGAAUAGUCGUCACUGUGAUUUUACAAAGCUGCGUAUAUUUCUGCUAAAGACACAUAUGCAGGAUUUAAAAGAUAUGACAUUGGAUGUGCAUUAUGAAAAUUAUAGAGCGAAAUACAUUACUGAACGGAUGUCUAAGCGUCAAAGCGAUCGUCGUGAAGGUGUUGGUACUGGAGCAUUGGCAAGAUUAGAAAAAGAAGGUGGAACUGGCUUUGAGGCUAUUGUUGAUCAAGAUAGUUUACUGAAACAGAAAGAGGAAGAGCUUCAAAGAAUGCAACAACUAAUGAGUAAAAUGCAAGAACAGUUAAAACGUAAUACCAAUGUUGUACCGAACGCAUCAAUCGGUUUAAAUAAUGGCACAGGUAAUACUCAAUCUUCUCCUAUUCCUGCAACUGGUCAACAAGCUUCUUGAAUACCAAAAAAGUAUAUAGGUUGUUUAGGAUUCAAAAUCCUGUUAUCACAUUUAUUUAUAUCUUAUUAUUUUGCUUAAAAUUCAGUCGAUUAGGUCGGAAAUAUGGUCAAUAUGAUGUGCUAACAAUAAAUAUUUUAUCAUUUAUACUAAUAAAACUAUUACUUCUUUCUUUCUUUUCUUGAAUCCAUACAACAUUGUCUAAUUAAAUUGUUUGUGUCUACUUACCGGUUUCAUAUAAUUUUGUUUCAAUAAAUAAAAAAACUAGACAGAAAUUUUUUUUCUUUUUUUUAUUGAACUUAUCACAUUACAUAUUCUCAGUUUUUUAAUUAUGUUCGCAUUUCAUUAAGAAUAAAGAUAGAAAGAACUGUUAAUUUUCACUUCUACUGAUGGUAUAUUGUUUUUUUUCUUAAUUAUCUCUCUCAAUUUUUGCAGUCCAACGUAAAGUUCUUCCUUCUUUUCUGUUUUUAAUUAAUCCUGAAUAUGCAUUUUAUCUUACCUUUAUUAUAAAUCGAAUCAAUUGAUUACUUUCUUUUGAUUUUAUUCAUCUAGUCUGGCUUAUUCAUGUUUUUUUUUCUUCUUUACUUUAUGGUUACAACAAUUCCUGUUACACUUUGUUAACCAAAAAUUAUAUUAUUUGAUGUGAAAAACAAACUUUAUAUUUUUUAUCUGUGUACGCAUUUUCAUACUUUUUGUUAAAUUUUGUCUUUUCACUUCAUUUUAUUAUUUCGUCUAAUUACUUAAAAAAUGAGGUGAAUAAACCAUGCCUAUCACGAUGUCAAAUAAUUGUCAAUGUCCUAAAAAUACUUAUUGUGCUCAGUUAUUUAUUUUGUUGUGUCAAUUGGGUUACUUUUUCCUCUUUAUGUACUUAGCUGUUUAGAAUUGACGAUGUCGUGUAAAAUAUUUAUGUAUGCGUAAUGCGUAUCUCCCACUUUACUUAAUACCUAAUUAGGAAAGUGUUGAAAAACUAAUUUUUGGUCAUUUGUAAGAUAUUACUGUUUCACCAUUUCAAAUGUCACCCAAGAUUAAAAGUUUCUGUACAAUGAGCUCAGCUUAUAUAA